UCUUUUUCUGGUUAAACAUAAUUUUUAUUUCUCUUUCAAUUUUUCGCCAUUUUCUCAAUUAAUAUUAAUUAUUCUUUCUUAAGCCAAUUGUUCAACUCAAUUCUCAACCGAUAUUCAUCGUAUUCCAUUCAGAUUAAAGUGUUACAUCAUCCACAGAAUUCAUCUCUCUCCCUCUUCCUCUUCCUCUCUCUCUUUCUCUCUCUCUCAAUUUCUCAUCAUCAUCAUGCUCUUUUUCUGAGAGACUCAUCAUCUUCCAUUACCUUUACCAUGUACUUUUAUUAUUAUUGAAAGCAUGGGUUCUCCUUCUGGGUUUACACAUGUAACUCUGUGAAUUUCUGGUCAUCCCUGUUAGACAAUCAAUUAAUUGUUCUAAAUUUAAAUUGAACCAUCAACCAAUCAAUUGUCUCUCUCCCUCUUGGUCAACACCCAAUUUCCAAUAUUAUGACUCAUUGUGUCAAAUUUUAACUCUUCCAAUUGCGACAUUUUCUCUUGCUCUUCCUCUUUCAUCAUCUCUUUAAUCUCAGUAAUCAGUUAAUCUGUUAAUCUGUGUGACCUUCAUACUAUUUAGUUGAUCACUUGUCCAUCGAGUCAAUUAUUAUUUCUAUUGUUUUCUUUUUGGCGACAAAUUCACUUGACCCUUUGGGAAUUGUCUCUCUCUCUCAAUGGUUGAUCCAGUUAUCGUUGUAGGCGGUGGGAUUGCUGGUGUUUCCUGUGCCUCGACUUUGGCUCAAUUAGAUCCUUCCUUGGUGAUUAAAUUGAUCUCAAGUACUCCAGUAUUAAAGGUCGCCACCGAUGUUAAAGAGAAAGGUCAACACUUGGAAUCAUUUAAUGUAACGGAACAAUCAGUUGACCAAUUAACCUCACAAUAUGGUAACAUUGAGAUAAUUAUUGGUACAAUUAGUGGUCUUGAUGCUGCGGAGAAAACUUUAUAUUUGGAAAGCGAUUCAACUAAUCAACAACAAAUUGGUCAACAAAUUAAAUACUCUAAACUGUGUAUCUGUACCGGUGCUCGGCCUAAAUUAAUUGACAAUAGUUGCCCUGAUUAUAUUAUCGGAUUAAGAGAUACAUCAACAAUUAAAGAUUUCGAGAAACGUUUAUCUGGCUCAUCGCGAGUUGUUGUUAUCGGUAAUGGUGGAAUCGCCACUGAAUUGGUUUAUUCGGUUGAAUUCUGUCAAAUCAUUUGGGCGAUUAAAGAUUCCUCUUUUGGGACAACAUUUUUCGAUCCUGGAGCAUCCAAAUUUUUCACCCAAUAUUUACGCCGAGAGAAAAGGCCUAAAGAAACAAUAAUCAAACGAAUUAAAUAUUCUCACUCCGAUUCCAAUGGUAAUCCUGAUGGUGGUGAUAAUAGUAACGAUGAUACUCAUGGUAGUACUUCAAGAGAGUAUGAACAAAAGCUAUACGGAAGUGCCCUAGGCCCUGAUUGGGGUGACAAUGUUGAAAUGAAAGGAACCCACCAACAAAUGAGAUCUGUUCAAAUUGAAUAUAAUUGUGAAUUGUCCAGAAUUUAUUACAAUCAUCAACUUCCACCAAGUAAAUAUCCGAUGAUUGUAAUGGAGGAAACGACAAUUACUCAAUCCAAAGAUUUGCGAUGGCCCGUUUAUGUUGAGCUAAAUAACGGUAAAAUUUAUGGCUGUGAUAUGAUAAUCAGCGCGACUGGUGUAAUUCCCAACGUUGAACCUUUUCUCAAUGGUAAUAAUUUAAAAAUUGGACAAGAUUUCGGUCUAUCUGUUAAUGAUCAAAUGUUGACUACUGAAAUUGAUGUUUACGCGGCGGGUGAUGUUUGCUCAGCUGAUUGGCAUUGGUCUCACCAUUGGUUUCAAAUGAGAUUAUGGACUCAAGCCCGACAAAUGGGAAUCUAUUCCGCUCAUUGUAUCACCUCUCACAUCUCACAAUCAGAUCCAUCGCUUUACUUUCCCUUUGAACUGUUCACCCAUAUGACCUCAUUUUUUGGAUUUAAAGUUGUACUUUUAGGACUUUUCAAUGGUCACAAAUUGGAUAAUCAGUAUCAAAUUUUAUUGAGAAUCAAGGAAGACGAUGAAUAUAUUAAGGUUAUCAUGAAGGAUGGACACAUGCAGGGAGCCCUUCUCAUUGGAGAAACUGACCUGGAAGAGACUUUUGAAAAUCUGAUCAUCAAUCAAUUAGAUUUAACUGAUUUACAAGAUAAUCUUCUCAAUUCAACCGUUGACAUUGAAGAUUAUUUUGACUGACCAUUGGCAUGACCAGGAACAUUCAAAAAUAUGCAAUAAUCUACAUGCAAGACAAAAUGAUCGUCAUUUACUUUGACAAACUUUCUUUUCUCUCUUAAUUGUUGCUUAAUCAACUUGACAAGAAAAAGGCAAACAAUCAAUCAAUAACUUCCAAUUCUAUGCGCUUUAUAUACACAGACACUAAGACAAUUUUUCCCUUUUCUAAAUCAUCUCAUCUCAUUUUCUCUCAACUUUAAUUUUUCCAUCAAAUUUAAUUGUUGUGUUUUUUUGUACUUUUAAUUGUUAAUUAUUGAUAUAACCAAUUUAUCAUUGAUCUAAUUUCAUCAAUCGAUAAUUUUUUUCGUUCGUUGAGAAAGUGGAUUGUCUUUUUAUCCAAUCAUUUGUAAUAAUCUUCUUUUAUUUUCUAUAUAUAUUGUUGUUGUUUUGA